CAGUGCUGGACUUUCACAAGGGUCAGAUGGUGGGGUUCAUGGGCAGAGAAUGAGAAUUGCAAUACACUGAUCCUGUAUCUCCUUGAUGAGCUCUCCACCUAUAAAAAUGACCAUAGUGAUGCCCUCUGUCUAAUACAGCAUGAAGCUGAU